UCCCUCCUGGCUAUCUGACUCGCUCAUACCGGUGGAUGGCCUGCCUGCAGUAGGAGAAUCGUCCCUUGUUUCUGGAGCAAGAGGCGGGCCUUUUGGAAAACUGGAAUGCGCUGAAAGUUUUCCUGCAGGCUCUCCUCCAAACGCGUCCGUCCCGCAUAACGACAUGGACGUGAGACCAUUGGUGCUCCUGCUUGUCCAGCUCUGUCUCUGCUCAGGCUAUGAAGGGUCUGGACAGUACGCAUAUGGAGACGACGAGGACUGGUAUUCCCGUAGAUAUAAAGGAAGCCUUUCUAAGCCCUUAUACUCCUCAGGAACCCCGUGGUGUGCCCCCAUUAAGUUGAAGCAUGGGGACGUCAGCUGUCGCACGCCUAGAGGGGAGCAUUACAGGAACGUGAUGGGGACUCGCUGUAAGAUCCACUGCAAGCGCGGGUAUGAAUCCCAGAACUCUGAGGUGGUGUGUAUGGCAAGCAGACACUGGUCCUCCAACUACGCUUGCAGAGAAAUCCGCUGCCCGAAACUUGAAAUGCCUAUUAACGGUGGCUACAAGUGCUCAGAUGGCUCCUACUUCAACUCUCGCUGUGAGUUCUUCUGCUCGCCUGGAUACACUAUGAAGGGCCAGAAGACGGCAGUCUGCCAGCACAGCCAUGUGUGGAGUGCUGCAGUCCCCACAUGCAUCGAUGUGGAAUCUCCCAAAAUCAAGUGUCCCAGUGUGAAGGACAAAUGGGCAGACCCAGGAAAGCUGACAGCUAGGGUGACGUGGGACACGCCAGAGGGCGUUGACACGGCAGACGGGAUCCUUACAGAUGUUAUCCUGAAAGGACGACCUUCAAAAUCUGACUUCCCAGAAGGCCUCCAUAAGAUGACCUACACUGUGUUUGAUCGGGCCGGGAACAAAGGGUCUUGCCAUUUCUCUGUCAGAGUUCGAGUGCGUCGCUGCAGCCCGCUGUUUCCCCCAGACAACGGUUACAUGAAGUGUGACAGCGACGGAGACAACUACGGCGCUACCUGUGAUUUCACCUGCACCGGCGGCCAUGAGCUGCACGGCAGUGCUGCAAGAGUGUGUCAGUCUGCGCUCACCUGGUCCGGUUUGGACACAACAUGUGCACCCAUGAACAUUAAUGUGGGAGUGCGUACAGCUGCUGCACUGCUGGACCAAUUCUACGAGAAGCGACGGCUACUGAUUAUCUCUGCGCCGACGGCUGCCAAUCACAAUUACCGCUUCCAGAUGACUAACCUCCAGCACGCUCAGUGUGGACUGGAUCUGAGACAUGUGACGGUUAUCGAACUAGUCGGCACUUACCCGGCACAAGUGGGACGCAUUCGGCACAGGCUUCUCCCACCUGGUCUGGCCCUCCAGCUCAGGUUACUGCUCCGGAUCCCUCAGAGAUCUUUUCAAAUGGUUCUGGUAGAUAAGCAAGGCAUUGACAAACAGCGCUACCCGUUCCCCAUCACAGCGGCUGAAUUAUUCACCACCAUCGACACCUUCCCCCUCCGUAAGGACGAGAUGAUGCUUCAGCAGGAGGCGGGACAGACCUGUCAAUCGUAAAGCACCCCUGAAGGGAAAUGUCAGCUACAUUUUGAUCGUUUUCCUUCUUUGUUGAAAAACAGGCCGCCUCAGAUCACUGGUUUCUAUCCGCAUGUCACACUCGUUCUGUCCUGCACCUGGUGUGUGUGUUUAUGUGUGUGUGUGCGUGUGUGUGGUCAUGGUGCUGAUCUGAUCACACUUUCAUCAGAUCACAGAGUAAAUCACAGUCAAAUUGAUUCAUAUGUUUUAUUUUUUAUAUAUUGUCAAAACAGAAAAGGUUUUACUAUUUUGUAUUUUGUUUAAAAACUCUGGAAAAAUGUUUCUAAUAUUUAUGUCUUUUAUCUUUCAUUAUGAUCUCUGGCAGGUUACGCAUCUGUGAAGCAUCAGAUUUAACAAACACUGAUUAAUAAAUAUGUGUACUGAGUUGA